UCUCCUCCUGGCCUUCUUCUUCUUCUUCUUCUCCUCCCUCGCGCCCGCCCACCAACUGCUUCCUCGUCUCUGUCCCUCUCCCUGCGCGUACCGGCGUGCGCCCGCGUAGCCGGGGGAGUUCUCUUCCUGGAGAGGCGAGAGAAGAAGGUGCGUCGAGUUCGGCGGGGGAGUUGAGGACUGACUGCCCAGCGGACGAGUGAUCUGGCUGGCUUGCGGCGACGGGGCUCGUCUCGGCCGAAUGGACUUCUAGUACCGGUUGCUUCUACGUGUACAGCAUCUAACUCUCUAAAUCAUUUUCAAAGGAGUGGCAGGCCAUAUUUUGUAGGACUUCGUAUGCCUUAUUAUCUGGCAUUGGCUGGAUUAGAUGUCGUUUCGUAGUAUAGUUCGGGAUGUCAGGGAUGGUUUUGGAAGUUUGUCAAGAAGGAGCUUUGAGGUGACCCUUGCAAGUCUUUAUGGUCUUACUGGGCAUCACAAAGGGAAGACCCAGAGCUCACUGGAUGAGCUCCAUGACUCACCUGCUUUAGUCCCAGAGAGCCGCUGGGCGAGUCUUCCGCCUGAACUCCUCCGUGAGGUCAUACGCAGACUGGAGGCUGAUGAGAGUACAUGGCCAUCCCGGAGGAAUGUUGUCUGCUUUGCAGCUGUUUGUAGGACAUGGAGGGAAAUGUGUAAAGAGAUUGUGUUGAGCCCAGAGUUUUGUGGGAAGCUUACCUUUCCGGUUUCUAUAAAGCAGCCUGGUCCUCGAGAUGGUAUGAUCCAAUGUUAUAUAAAGAGGAAUAGAUCAAAAUCCACCUAUCACCUCUACCUGUGUCUUAGCAACGUUGUUACUGCAGAAGGCGGGAAAUUUGUCUUGUCUGCUAAAAGACACCGUAAAACAACUUGCACAGAGUACACUAUCUCAAUGGUUUCUGGAAACAUCUCAAGAUCGAGUAGAACCUAUAUUGGAAAAUUAAGAUCAAACUUCCUCGGCACAAAAUUUAUAAUUUAUGACACACAGCCCCCAUACAAUGGGGCUGUGAUCCCUCACGUUGGAAGGACCAGCAAGAGAUUUAACUCAACCAAAGUUUCUCCGAAGGUUCCUUCUGUUACUUAUAACAUAGCUCAGGUGAGCUAUGAGCUUAAUGUCCUUGGCACAAGAGGUCCUAGGCGGAUGCGUUGCAUCAUGCACUCCGUACCUGCCUCCUCAGUGGAGCCUGGUGGCAUCGUCCCUGGCCAGCCUGAGCAAAUUAUACCUCGAGCUCUGGAGGACUCAUUUCGCAGCACUACCUCCUUCUCUCAAUCAUUCCGGAGCACCACCUCCUUCUCCAAGUCCAUCAUGGACCCGUCCAUGGAUUUCAACAGUGCUCGCUUCUCUGACAUCAAUGGCUCUAUAAUGGGUGGUGAUGACAAUGUUGAAAUCAAGGAGAGGCCAUUAGUGCUUCGUAACAAGCCCCCAAGAUGGCAUGAACAGCUACAGUGCUGGUGCCUGAACUUCCGUGGCCGUGUCACCAUUGCCUCCGUGAAGAAUUUCCAGCUGGUUGCUGCACCAAGCCCCCCUCCUGCAGGUGCUCCGACUCCUUCGCAACCUGGUCCAGCUGACCCCGAGAAAGUUAUUCUGCAGUUUGGAAAGGUUGCCAGGGAUAUGUUCACAAUGGACUACCGCUAUCCUCUCUCUGCCUUCCAGGCUUUCGCUAUUUGUUUGAGCAGUUUCGACACGAAAUUGGCAUGUGAAUAAAUUGUUCAGACUGAAGAAGGGCAAAAAAGAGUUCAGAUGUCUGGUGAUAGGUUACUAGUUGAUGUCUGCGUUUUUCUUUCUUGUUUUCUUGGUUGUAAUUGUGCUUGUUGUAGCCUUGAACUAGACGUAUAUGCACGAAAGCAUGCUUUUAUGUGCCCUCAUGCAUGAUAGAGGUAACGAACCACAUAUCAUCCAUUGAUCCAUACUCCAUAGCGCGAUGUAAAUGCUAGUGCCGUUUGCCAACAAAAUGUGAAAGGUUCCCUCCAUUCUUCUG